AUGAGCAAAAAAAUCUGCUGAUUUCUGCAUGCACAGAUUUCGUGUGGGCCUACAUAUUCCAUAUUUAAUAGAAGUUGUUUUAUUUCACAUACACAACAGUUUCUAGGUGCUUAUGUAAUUGAGGUACAUUUUUACUUUCAUUAUUUUAUUAACAUUGACAACAGCCAAGAAGGCAAACUCAAAACAAUUCUUAAACUGGUUGGUUUACAUCUCUAAGGGAAUUUCACUGCAGUUUUGUUACUGUUAUUGGCUGAAAGUGUAAGGUAAAACCUUCAUACCUUCCCAGUUUUCCCCUAUUAUGUCUUUUUGUCUUUAACAGUCCCUGAGGGCUCCAUUUAGCAUUAGGUAACCAACAAAGCAGACUACAGAGGACGGUCUGGGUCGAGUGUUGUCCCUAUGGAGAACAACCCGUCCUGGACCAGUGGUCCCAUUGAGGAAGGGCCAUACCAAGAGCGCUCUGUUGACCCUGUGGAGAUUGAGAUCCAAAGCUAUGGAGUACGACACAAAGUUAACAAGGAUGCCAAUGGAAAUACAACUGGGCCAGAGACUGUAAGCUUUCUCCCUGCUAAAGAGGAGCCCGCAUCUGGGUCAUGUAUGUGUGGACCUUGUGCUUCUGUGGGUAGCUGCAGAAAACUUUUUUGUAGUGUAUUGACUUGUGGACUGUACCGCAUAUGCCAGCGUUUGCCUUGCCUUGUUUCGAAUGAAAGCACAGCGGUCACUGCGCAGACAGAGAUCCAGCCAAUCUCUUCACAGGUUCAGGAGGGCUUCUAUCCUGACAUCCGCAUUGCGGGGGUCAAGGUUGACCCAUCUGUGAUUGAAGAUGUCGAUGGCUUUGAUUCUGUUUCCCCUUCUACAUUUGAAAUGAAUAGUUUAAAUGUGAGUGGAAUACUGGAAGAUGAUUUAGUCAAUGGUAAUAAGAUGGAAGAUGUGGAUCAACUCAUCACCCAGAAACUUAUGGAGGUCUUCUCUGAGUUUGAGAUCAACGAGUUGGCCAAGUGCACCACAGACUCCAUGUUCCUGCGGCGGUCCCGGGAAAUCAGUCAGCUGAUCUCGGAUAUCGUGGAGGAGCACAAAAUGGAGGAGAAGGAAGCCGAGUGCAGGCUUGUUCGAGAGAUUAUUCGCAUAAGUACUCGGAAAAGUAGGAAGAGGCCACAAAUCAAGCAGCCGGAAUUGCAGCGGGACAGUGGCAAUGACACCUGGAACAGCAAAGGCAUCAGCCAAAAGAGCAGCUUCAAUUCCAUGAGUGGUCAAAACUUGCAGAUUUCUAUGGAGAGGUCUGAUGACAUAGAAGCCAGGAAAUUUCGCAACAACAGUAACCAGUCGUUCUCUCGGAGUUUCCAGGAAACUGGAGUGCCCAUUACAUCAGAUACUCCUUUACUAUACAGCCGCAUUCAGGCAUGAGAAUAUCCUUUCAGACAGUACAUAUGUAAUUAUUUUCAAACGUCCAUUUACAAUGAAUCCAUCUCUGUGAAGAAUAUAUCCUCUGGCUUCCCCUGUAGUGAGGAUGAUUUUGAAGUAUACCCUUAAAAAUUGUGAUUUCAUGGUCAGUUUUUUUCUCUCAAAACGUAGUUGUAUUUAUGCUUGUUAUUCAUAUUUUUGUCCUUUGCUUUUUUGUUAUGGAUGUGUGAAGGAUCUGAAUGUUGCAGGUGACACAACUUUGCUUGAGUUUUGUGAAAAACUGUAUGACCUCUUUCUAACCAACAUAUGAAUAUAUACUGAACACUAAAAAAUUCUGUGAUCAAUUAGUUCUGUCAGCAGAUGUUGUUAGUUCAUUGUAACUUAUUAAACUAAGUUUAUCAGGUUUUAACUUAAUUUUAUAUGUUUAGUUUAGCUUAACAAUAUAAGUUCAAUGAACUUAUUAGGUUAAUUUGAUUCCGCUUAAAAAUUUGACACAACCAGGAUUUUUUUACUGUGUAGGUCUAUUAUUGCCGUCAUAGGCCUGAUUCUUUCAUAAUGAUUUGAUUCUACACUUUUCUGCCUUUUUAAAGAGUUCGAUCACACAAAAUUGAAAAUUCUGUCAUUUACGCUUGUGUCAUUUCAGAGAGGUAUGGAUUAUAUCAUAUAAUGAAGAAUACAUUUUUGAAGAACUUAAUGAGUUAAUGGAGGCUUCAGUUGUGCAGUGGUGUUGUUAUUUCCUGACCACACAUGUAAGAAAACAAUGUUAGCCUAAAGAAGAUGUAAUAUAGGGAACAAGUCAUAUGGACAGCUGUUGUACAGAUUAUUGUUCAAGAAUUCAUUG